AUGUCAGACGGACUAUUUACCCCGCCGUCUCAUGAAUCCAAUUCAAAGGCUGAGCAGCACGCGACAGACACCCAUUUGGAACAUCCUACUACUGACGGUGUAGACUUACCAAAGAAGCCAGCAGAGACAAAACCAGGAAUAGGCUCUGGGCUGCCUCAAGCGUUACAGGUCAUCGAAGAUGGACUUGAACUGCUCCGGAAGCAUAGCACUGAGAAUAUAAAUCGACGCAUUGAGCUCAUUCGAGGUUUAAUGGCUGAGGUUGACCAGAAGGAUGUUGCAAAGUCAAGGGCUAUAGCUACUAGUACCAACCUUAAAGAAGCCGGUGAAGAGAUGAUUUGUCAAGUUAGGCGGCUUACAAUGGACCAAUGGAAGAAGGGCGAAAUCAAUUUUGAGGAUGAACCCAAAUAUGUCGUCAAUGCCUACUACCGAACUCCAUCUAUGGCUGGCAACAGCCAUGGUAACGGAGUAAUGAGUGGUGUCACAGACCGUCAAGAGCGUCCAGAAAGGAUCGCAAUCCCUUCCAAGAUCCUAUGCCAUGAACUAGAGAGGAUUGCAGACAUCAAUCUGGAGAACCAAAGCCCAAUUGUGUAA